AUGGCAGGCCAGUACGGCGAGAAUCGUAAUCUAAUGAAGCAAACUAGUAACAAAAAUAUUGGCAGUAAAGUUGAUAUUUUUAAAUGGAGUGAGGAGAUGGAUCUGUUAGCGAUUGGAACAGAGAAAGGCGAAGUUAUAUUACAACGGUUGAAAUGGCAAAAGGUGUGGCAAUUGGCACCGCCUGAAGAAGGACUAAAAAUUCGUGGAAUUGCAUGGCGUCCCUGGGAAAAAUUAAUCUCGAUCGGUUAUAGCAAUGGAACAAUACUGCUUAUUGAUAUAGAAUCAAAGGAAGAAGUGCACAAAUUCUCAGUUAAAUCAGAUAUAACUUGCUUAAGUUGGACAGAGAACACAGACGAAAUUUCUACAGAAGAUGUUAGUUACAACUCUGUGACGAGUCAUGUUAAAUAUCUACCAGAACUGCCGGUUCUUAGUUCACUAUCGUCUGCAGCCAAGCCUACUACUUACAACCGAAGCAGUUUCUGCUCAAAACACAUACUGAGUAUUCUACUCAUUGGAACGACAUCUGGUGUGGUUUAUUUAUCUGCCUUCGGAAUGCUGCCAUGUGGCAGUACUAAUUUAUUCAGUUUGCUAGGGCUAACUUCUUCCACGAUGCCAUACAUCAAAGAAUUGAAAAUGAGCCUCGAUUUUAAGCAGCUGAUUGUGGGCCUACAGCACUCUGAUUCGCUCAAUAUUGUUGUGCUAGAAAAUGAUGUGUUGCACAAGUAUUCUACUUCGAUUCUCAAUUUGGCUCUUAAGCACGCACAAAUACUCAGUGCGAUGAUGUAUAUGAACGAUACGAUUGAUUGCAUAAUUGAAGCUUGGGAAACCGUUCUUCUAGAGAUGGAUAACAAGCUCACGCAUUUCGCCAAAGAACAACCGGACGGUUCUAUAUCUGCCGACUUUCUGGAGUUGCUACUGUUCGGCAUGGCUUCGCCUGCACUCGAACAGUUGCUACUACGUGAUCUGACUGAAAAAGGACUUCGUAAGCUGGGUUACAGUAUUGAACUAAGUUACAUCACCAUCCAGAAGCUUGUCGUCAAACCACUGUUUGCAGCAAUUCAAGCAGUUUUCUACCAUUUAAACGCACUCGAUGGCAUGGUACGCAAUCGGUUCUAUUAUGGUACGCUGAUGCGAGAUACAACCACUGAGGUUUUACAAAAUUGCGGUGCACUGCAAAUCAAAGCCUUUGAGCUGCAACAAGCCAUUGACAUAUCGAAACGCGAUUUUAACAUCUUUUUCCGAUGGUUAUAUGCCGCGAUUGUGCGACUGAUGGAAGAACCACUCCAAGAUAACAACCCCACUAUCACGCAGCAAGAAAUCCACUAUCUGGCGGAAUUUUUGAGCAAUUUCGAUUCUAGUUCACGAAGCAAUGCCAACGACGAAGGCCGCGGUUCGAUAGAAUCGCGACGAAAAUUCAACCUUGAACGCGUAGGCCAAUAUCUCGAGGAUAAACCGUUGGUAGAACCAGUAUCAAAAGAAGAUGAAAAUACCUGGAAACAAUUGUUAGAACAAAACGAUUGUUUGCAGAAAAGUGGGGCAAUAUUUCCUCAUCAUGAACACCUCUCUUUACUCCAACAGCAAAAGUUGCUGAAGAAAAGCAUAGAUCAAAUAUUUGAUCAGCCCGGAGCUGUAAUUGGAGUUGAUUUUAGACAAAAGAAUUCACUCAGCAUUCAAACCCCACCGGAUGCUACUGGCUCGAACAUUAGAUCAUUUUCUUUCACCAGUCAUCCAAAAGACAAAAUAACACUAAUAGCAAUUAUCCAAUCGCAAUUCAGCCUAUUGCUGGUUGAAUGUAUCCCCGAAGCACGAUUCAAAGCAGUGCGUCUCCGUUUCGAAGAGAGACCAUGCUUUGAUCAGCGCUUCGAUGCGAUUGGUGUACUUGGUUUUCGGCAUGCAGAAUUUUACAACGAAAAUACACUUUCGUUAUUGCUACAUGCUCAGACACAAAACGUUGACGGGUCGACGAUGGCAUGUUGUUAUUUUCUGCAGUUGAACCUUACUCCUGUAAGAGAAUUUCUGACCACAAUUGAGCCCUGUGAGUACAUGCAAACCCUCACUGAGGAUGCUGCUGGUUGUCAUGUCUUCAAUGCUUAUACACUCAUCGAUGAAAGUUCGCUAAAGCUAUUGGAAAGUGGAGAUGGUUACAAAAUUGCUGUUUCUGGUAAACGCAAUUUAAUUGCCAUUUUGUCUGAAUCAUUAAAAAACGUCCGAAUCUACGAUAUGGAUGGACAGGAAGAAGAAGAUGAUCUGUUGGAUACAUCGUCGCAAAUCAAUAGCAGCCUCGAUAACAGUCAGGAGUCGGAACAACCUUAA